AUGGCUAGAGAAGGUGGAGGAUGGCUUCCGCUCGACCUAUCCCUGGCCACCGCGGGGCCGUCGGCGUCGGCGGGUGAGCGGCGGCCGAACCGGCGCACCGUGUCCUCGCUCUACGCUGAGCUGGGCGCGAUGCUCCCCAACCUCCCCACCGACCGGGUGAGUCCCUGCCCUGCCCUCGACGGCCCUGCUUCUUGGCUACGCCGGCGCCGGCGCGUCGUGCCGCAAGAUGAGCUCUUUUUUUUAUCACCGUCUGGGCGUUUUGUUUGA